AUGGCACCUAGUAAGCAAUGGAUGCAACUUUCUCUUGAUAAACGGGUUGACCAAGCCUAUUUAGACGGGGUGCAAAAGUUUUUGGAUUAUGCUUUUCGGGGAUCAGGAGAAGAAGAUGAAAUACGAUGUCCAUGUUACAAAUGUUGUAAUACAACAUUAGGAACUCGUGAGAUGAUUGAUACACAUUUGAAAGUAUAUGGAAUAAUUCAAAAUUAUACUUUUUGGUAUCACCACGGAGAACAUUUAGGUGAGCCAGUGUCAAACUCUGAAGAUGAAAAUGAUGAUGAAGUAGAAGAUUAUGAAAGUGAAGAUGAAGUACAAGAGUUGUUGAAGGAUUUAUAUCCUAAUGUUGAUAGAGGAGAUACCCACACUAGUUAUGAUGAUGUAGUUGAGGAGGAACCAAAUGUUGAAGCUAAAAAAUUUUACAGCCUAUUGAAGGAUUUGGAGCAGCCACUAUACCAAAACUCAAAGGCUUCAAAGCUUUCAUCUUUGAUUAAAUUGCUUCACAUCAAAAGUAUGGGUCGUUGGAGUAAUGCGUCAUUUAGCAUGCUAUUAAAAAUGUUAAAAGAGGAGUUAUUUCCUAAUGGGGCUGAUUUGCCAAAUUCAUAUUAUGAGGCAAAGAAGAUUAUUCGAGAUCUUGGGCUUUCUUACGAUAAGAUUGAUGCUUGUAGUAAUGAUUGUAUGUUAUAUUGGAAGGAGGAUAGCUUACUCGAUUCUUGCAAAAUUUGUGGUGCGUCCAGAUGGAAAAUAAAUACACAUACUGGGGAAACAAAGAAUAAAAAGGGUAAAAAGAUAGCCUCAAAGACUUUACGCUAUUUUCCCUUAAAGUCUAGGCUUCAAAGGUUGUUUAUGUCUACAAAGACAUCUUCUCUAAUGACAUGGCAUAAGGAUGAAAGAACUAAUGAUGGAAUAAUGAGGCACCCAGCUGAUUCAAUGGCAUGGAAGUCAUUCGAUGACCUUCAUCCUUCAUUUGCAAUCGAGCCUCGCAAUGUUCGACUUGGACUUGCUAGUGAUGGAUUUCAGCCAUUUCGCAAUUCAAAAAUCUCACAUAGCAUUUGGCCUGUGGUUCUUAUUCCUUAUAAUCUACCACCUUGGUUGUGUAUGAAACAAGAAAAUUUUAUAUUGUCAAUGCUUAUUCCUGGUCCAAAUGGUCCUGGAGAUGCAAUUGAUACAUAUCUUCAGCCUCUAAUUGAGGAAUUGAAGGAGUUGUGGGAAGUUGGUAUUGAGACCUUUGAUGCAUCAACUAAACAAAAUUUUAAGUUGCAUGCUUCUUUGUUAUGGACUAUCAAUGACUUUCCAGCUUAUGGAAAUUUAUCUGGAUGGAGUACAAAAGGAAAAUUGGCAUGUCCAUCUUGUAAUAAAGACACCUCCUCAAUUCGAUUGGCUAAUUGUAGGAAACAAUGCUUUAUGGGUCAUCGACGUUACCUUCCCAAGGAUCACAGGUGGAGGAAUGACAAGAAGUCAUUUGAUAAUACAAUAGAGAAGAGGCUCCCACCAAAAACAUGUUCUGGAAUUGAGAUACUUAAUCAAGUGCAAGAUCUUGAAGGACAACCAUUAACAAAGGAUCCCAAGAAAAAGAGGAAGAUAUCACAUGAAAAAAGAAAUGAUAAUUGGAACAAGAAAAGUAUCUUUUUUGAACUUCCAUAUUGGAAAUCUCUCUUGUUGCGACAUAAUUUGGAUGUCAUGCAUAUUGAGAAAAAUAUAUGUGAUAAUAUCAUGGGGACAAUCAUGAAUGUCAAAGGAAAGACAAAAGACACAAUUAACACUCGGUUAGACUUGAAGGAAAUGAACAUUCGGCCAGAAUUGCACCCUAUCCAAAGAGGGGAGAAAGUUGAAGUUCCAACUGCAUGCUACACAUUGUCGCCUGAAGAUAAGCACAAGUUAUGUCUUUUCUUGAAGAAUUUAAAGGUCCCUGAUGGAUUUUCGUCUAAUAUUUCUCAAUCUGUAAACUUGAAAGAUCACAAGAUAUCUGGAUUAAAAAGUCAUGAUUGUCAUGUUCUUUUGCAACAUAUUCUCCCUCUUGCUCUUCGUGGUAUGUUGUCCAAAGAAGUGUGUGAACCUCUUAUUGAGUUAUCAAUUUUUUUUUGUGUGCUUGGAUCAAAGGAGUUGAUGAUUGAUGACUUGACACAUAUUGAAGCACAAAUUCCCAUAAUACUUUGCAAGUUAGAAAAGGUCUUCCCUCCUUCUUUUUUUGAUGUCAUGGUGCACUUGCCUGUUCAUUUAGCUGGUGAAGCACAGAUUGGUGGACCUAUUCAUUAUCGGUGGAUGUACCCUAUUGAGCGAUGGUUAUAUUUUUUGAAAUCUCUCAUUGGUAAUAGGGCAUGUCCAGAAGGUUGUAUUGCAGAGGGCUACAUUGCAAAUGAAUGUAUGACCUUAUGUUCAAGGUAUCUGCAUAGAAUUGACACAAAAUUCAAUCAGCCAGAAAGAAAUGAUGAUGGGUGUUUUAAAAAAGUAAAUGGGGGUUUAUCCAUAUUUUGUCAAUCUGGAAAAAUUUUGGGAGCUAAAAAUCCUUUUGAGCUUGAAGCUAAAGAAUUGGAACAAGCACAUAUAUACAUUCUGAAGAAUUGUGAUGAAGUCAUACCAUAUCUUGAGUAUGGAGAAGAGUUUGCACAAAAUCAUAUAGAUACUGCUCAACACUUGUCAGAUGCAGAAUGGGAUCGAGAAUUUAUUGAAUGGUUUAAAGAUAGGGUUGCACAAUUGCAUAAAGCAGAUAAUAGUCAACUCAUGGAAGAUCUUCUCUCACUUUCACGUGGUCCUACCAAAUAUUCAACACAUUCUAAUGGCUACAUUGUUAAUGGAUAUAGAUUUCAUGUAGAAGAUCAUGAUCAAAUGUUAAGGACUCAAAAUUGUGGUGUUGUUGUAGUUGGUGAGAGUGAUAAAGAUAGUGAGAAUAUAAAAGAGUGA